UGACAUCUAAAGUUGACUACAUGAACGUUAUCAUAAAAUCGAACGAAAGGCAAAUGAGCGAGCGUUUUCCUUUAUUUUCAUUUCUAAAAAUACUUUUCUAAAGUAAACACUACGGUUUCUUGUGAUCUUAUAUUGUGCGCUUUAUUUAACAGUGGUAAUAAAAAUAUAUUUUAAUUCAUGAACCGCUGAAAAGAGCUUCUUAAAAAUAAAUGAAGUAACCUCCAAUGGCGCGUCUUUGUGACCGUUAAAACAAUCACAACAAUGCCGAAAAUACCUUACAAACCGGACAAAACCGGCGACGACGAUGAGGACUACGAGAUAGUGUCCUUCGAAGAUUUCUGCGACAAGUCUCCGGGCUCGAAGACCGAUUUGUUGACUUUGAAUGACAAUAUCAACUAUCGGCUAUGUUAUGAGAGCGAUAAGGGCUCUAAAGCUGAGGACGAGGGUGAGCCGUCGGGUAAAGACGCCCAGGAGUUGAGGGAGACGUCCCUGGGCGGAGGGAAGAAUGUGUCGUGGAAGAGGAGAGGGUCGUCAUCCUUCGCGCCUUUCGGAAGGCACAAUGCUACUAACAACAAGGGGUCACUCUUCAGUGGUGUUGUCCCUAAGCCGAAGAAUGAGGGCGAAUCGUCCAGAGAGCAUAGAUACCAGCGGUUCUCGGCCCAAGCCACCUUCUACCAGCGUUUGGUGGAGUUCUGGCAGCAGUGUGGCUCGACGCUGAUCCUCAUGGCGCUAGUCGGGGUGCUCUGUGUGGCGGUGUGGGUGGGCGUGGUGUCUCUGGUUGGCGCGGGUGGUGACCAGCAUUACAGGAAGCUGUGGGAGCGAGCGCAUCAUGCGGAUCUGCUGGCUGCUGCUGCCGCUGCUACUACGGAAAAGCCUACCCCAGAGCAUCACUACCACGAUCACAACAAUCUGAGUACAAAGAACAAAUUGAAUAUAACAGACAAGUACAGAAAGAAACCCGAACUGAACAAGAAGAGUUAUAUGGAGCGACCUCUGGCUACCCUGAAUGGGUUGUGUUCAAAAGUCACUAUGGAUCGACGCUUCGAUUGUUUUCCACAAGAUGGAGCCAGUGAGGAAGGGUGUAUUAAAAGAGGUUGCUGCUGGAACGCCACCACAACUAAAUACGGAUCCCUCGGCAAACCAUACUGCUUCUACCCGCCGGACUACGACACAUUCCACUUCGUGAACAUGAGUGAGACCCGGCACGGCAUAUCCGUGUGCCUGGAGAGAAUGCGUCCGUCCGGGUAUCCGGGCGACUUUGAUCUGGUCAACAUGGACUUUAAGUAUCUGUCUAAUGGGGCGCUGCAGAUUAAGAUAUACGACGCAGAGAACAAGCGCUUCGUGCCCCCCUACCCCGAGAUCCCGCUGGUGACGGGGCCCAUCAACAAUCUCAAGUACAGAGUAGUAGUCGAGAGUGCCACGGUGGGGUUCAAGGUCAUCAGGAAUGACGAUAAUGUUACCAUAUUGGAUAGCCAAAAUGUUGGUGGAAUGAUUCUCUCGGACAAAUUCCUGCAAAUGUCGACGUUAUUGCCUACGAACAAGAUCUACGGUAUCGGUGAGAGACAGGGCCCGUUGCGAGUCGAUAUGAACUGGCAAGUUUAUACGAUAUUCAACUCUGACAGUGUGCCGGUGGAAAAUACCCCGCUAUACGGAUCUCAUCCGUUCCACCUCGGGCUUGAAGACUCUGGCAAGAGCCAUGGCAUGGUGCUUCUCAACUCUAAUGCUAUGGACAUAGUAACCCAACCAACUCCAGCACUAACCUACAGAACUAUCGGGGGCAUACUCAACUUCCUGCUAGUGCUGGGGGACGCCCCCAACGAGGUGCUGGCCGAGUACACGGCGCUGGUGGGACGCCCCGCGAUGCCGCCGUACUGGGCUCUUGGGUUUCAUUUGUGCAAAUUCAACUAUGGCAGUCUAAACGUGACACGAGAUGUAUGGCAGAAGAACAGAGACGCUGGACUACCUUUCGACGUGCAAUGGAACGAUCUCGACUACAUGUCCAACUCGAACGACUUCACAUACGACACCGCGCGCUUCGCCGGCCUGCCGCAGUUCGUGCGCGCGCUGCACCGACAACACAUGCACUAUGUCGUGCUUAUCGACCCUGGCAUCAGUAGUUCCGAGAAGCCCGGUGAAUACCCUCCGUUCGACCGCGGGUUAGAGCUCGACAUCUUCAUCAAAAACUCCAGCAAUAUGCCCUUUGUGGGGAAGGUAUGGAACAAGCAAACCACAGUAUGGCCGGACUUCACUCACCCGAGCGCGCAGGCGUACUGGCUGGAGAUGCUCAAGUCUCUGCACGACCAGGUGCCCUUCGACGGCGCUUGGAUCGACAUGAACGAGCCGUCCAACUUCUUGUCCGGUCCCAUGUACGGACACUGCGAGCCGGAAGAUCUGCCCUACGUACCACACGGCAUUAGAGGAGAUGGCCUGAAGACCAAAACCCUGUGCAUGGACGCUAAACACUACGCGGGCUCGCACUACGACUGGCACAACCUGUACUCCAUCACGGAAUCUAUCGCCACCAACUUCGCAAUGACCGAGCUCCGCGGCUCGCGUCCGUUCAUAAUCUCCCGCUCCACGUUCGUGGGCAGCGGGCGCCACGCCGGCCACUGGAGCGGCGACGUGGCCAGCGCCUGGCACGACAUGCGCAUGUCUAUACCCGAAAUGCUAGCGUUCUCGCUGUUCGGGGUUCCGUUGAUGGGCGCGGACAUCUGCGGGUUCCGUGGUAAUACUACGGUUGAACUCUGCACGCGAUGGAUGCAGCUCGGCGCUUUCUACCCGUUCUCGAGGAACCAUAAUUCAGAUACCAGCAUUCCGCAAGACCCAGCCAGCCUCGGCCCGGUAGUACUAGAAGCCAGCAUACGAAUACUCCGAGUUCGCUACUCCCUGUUGCCUCUGUACUACACUCUGUUCUGGCGUGCCAAGGAUAGUGGUGCCACCGUCGCGCGCCCGCUGUUCGCUGAAUUCCCCACCGACCCGCUAACUCACGACAUCGACACUCAGUUCAUGAUCGGCCCCAGCAUCAUGAUCGCACCCAUCCUGCAGCCCAACACCACUAGCACUCAGGCGUACCUACCUGGCGAUCUGCCGUGGCUGGUCUUGACGACGGAGAAGAAAGUACCUAACAAAUACGCAACUAUUCACGAACACGGAACUGUACUUGUGCGGCCGGGCUCAAUAGUCCCUCUCCAGACGCCGUCGCCUCGCGUGCCCGUGUCCACCUACACGACCCGGAGCGAGCCGCUGCAACUUGCAGUACUGGAGGACAGUAGCGGCAAGGCUUAUGGGGAGUUGUAUUGGGACGAUGGAGAUAGUUUGAUAAGUGGUCCCGUCUCCACCUACACGACGCGGAGCGAGCCGCUGCAGCUGAUAGUGUUAGAAGAUAGCACCGGCAAGGCUUAUGGCGAGUUGUAUUGGGACGAUGGAGAUAGUUUGAAUAGCUACGAGGAAAAAAAGUACAGUCACAUCGAAUUCUACAAGCAAUCGACUUCGGUCAACAGUGCAGUGCAGUGGUGGGGCUAUGGAGUGCCCACAGUCAAUAACAUUACCAUCUAUAGCAUAGAAUACCCAGUUAAAGCCGUCGAGCUAAACGACCAACCAUGCAAGAAACCGCUGUGCGAAUUCUCAUACGAUGCUAAAGAUCAUAUUCUAAGAGUGUACAACAUGAACUUAUCUUUAGAUAAGCCAUUCUCGCUGACUUGGACAAAUAAGAAUAGUUAUCCCAAGCUUAUUGUACCCAAUGGCGGUGGUCAUCUUGCCAUGGUCAAUGAGACAGUCGUAGACUGCAGAUAUGCUGAUUGUACUGAAAUUAAAAAGCGAUGA